UAUCCUUAAUUUUUCAUUUUCUUGAUUCUUCAGAGUGAAGGGGAUUAGCUAUGGCAUCCGUGACAUCUUCGCAAUUCGUGUCCUACAUACAUGGAGGAGCAACUUCAUUGGACUCGAAAACCAAUUCGAGUCAGAUUGGCCUCAUGACCCAACCUGUAACUCACAUUGGUCUGAGAUCUGUCCAUAACCUUCAAAUGAAAAGCAAAAAGGUAAAACCAAACUCGAAACACUCAACAAGCGUGAUAAAAUCGACCCAUAAUAAAAGAUCUCAAGGGAAAAUCAUUUGUGGAGCUGGAAUGAACUUGGUUUUUAUAUCGGCUGAGUGCGGUCCGUGGAGCAAAACUGGCGGGCUCGGUGAUGUUGUUGGGGGACUUCCUCCGGCUAUGGCUGCAAACGGGCACAGAGUGAUGACAGUUUCUCCGCGUUAUGAUCAGUACAAAGAUGCUUGGGAUACUUGUGUUCAUGUCGAGAUCAGAGUUGGAGAUAAAAUCGAGACUGUCAGAUUCUUCCACUGCUACAAGCGUGGGGUUGACCGUGUUUUUGUUGAUCAUCCGAUGUUUUUGGAGAAGGUGUGGGGAAAAACCAAAUCGAAGAUUUAUGGUCCUAAUGCUGGUACGGAUUACCCGGACAACCAAUUGCGGUUCAGCUUACUGUGUCAGGCUGCUUUGGAGGCUCCUAGAGUUUUGAACCUAACCAGCAGCAAAUACUUCUCAGGACCAUAUGGCGAGGAUGUUAUUUUCAUUGCCAAUGAUUGGCACACUGCUUUGCUUCCUUGCUACCUGAAGACCUUAUACCAAUCAAGGGGAAUUUACAUGCAUGCCAAGGUUGCCUUCUGUAUCCACAACAUUGCCUAUCAGGGAAGAUUCGCGUUUGCAGACUUCAACCAACUCAACUUACCUGAUCAGUACAAAAGCUCCUUCGAUUUCAUGGACGGGUAUGAGAAGCCUGUGAAGGGAAGGAAAAUCAAUUGGAUGAAAGCUGGAAUCUUGGAAUCAGAUAGAGUUCUUACCGUGAGCCCUUACUAUGCUCAAGAACUCAUUUCCGGUGUCGAUAAAGGAGUCGAAUUGGAUAAUAUCCUCCGUAAGACUUGCGUUACGGGUAUCGUGAAUGGCAUGGAUACUCAAGAAUGGAAUCCAGCAACAGAUAAAUUCAUCAACUGUAACUAUGAUAUCACCACCGUUACAGAUGCUAAGCCUCUGUUGAAAGAAUCUCUUCAAGCAGAAGUCGGUUUGCCUGUCGAUCGAGACAUACCCGUCAUCGGUUUUAUUGGCAGACUCGAGGAACAGAAAGGCUCGGAUAUUCUUGUUGAGGCUAUUUCGAAAUUUAUUGGGAUGAAUGUCCAGAUUAUCAUUCUUGGAACUGGUAAGAAGAGGUUCGAGCAGCAGAUUGAGCAGCUUGAGGUAUUAUACCCUGGUAAAGCUAUAGGGAUUGCUAAAUUCAACGUGCCUUUGGCCCACAUGAUAACUGCUGGUGCUGAUUUUAUGUUGAUCCCAAGUAGAUUCGAGCCUUGUGGCCUCAUUCAGUUACAUGCCAUGCGAUAUGGAACGAUACCCAUUUGUGCUUCGACUGGUGGCCUUGUCGACACCGUGAAAGAAGGAUUUACUGGGUUCCAUAUGGGAGAUUUUAAUGUCGAGUGUGCCACAAUUGACCCUGCGGACGUGCUAAAAAUAGUAAAAACUGUUGGUAGAGCUCUAGCCAUGUAUGGUACACUUGCCUUCAAAGAAAUGAUCCAAAACUGCAUGUCACAGGAUCUUUCUUGGAAGGGACCUGCAAAGGAAUGGGAAAAGCUGCUUCUGAGCCUGGGUGCUGCCGGUAGUGAGCCCGGCAUUGAAGGUGAGGAAAUUGCACCACUCGCAAAGGAAAACGUUGCAACACCUUGAAAAUUUGGCUGCAUUAAUUAAUUAUUCGACUCUACGCUUCUCCUAAGCCCUAAGGUUGUGUUUGGCUGACAUAUAUCUUAGUGAAAAUGGUUGUAAUAACAUGCACGCGACCCUUGUAUCGAAAGCCCAGAUGGCUUUCGAUGUGAAGAGUUGAGCGUAAUCGUGAGUGUGCAAAGGCCGAGAAGUUUUAAUAAUAGGAUGAUCUUCGAGUAUGAGGCGGGUGAUGUGAGUAUAGGUUUUAUCGUUCGAGUGAUCACUAACAGAUGUAAGCUUUUUUUACAGGGUGUGUUUUGAGCACCAUGUGGAGAAUAACUAAAUAAGUUCUUGACUGUGAUGUGUUGGUUUGAGCUUGUGCACACAAUCUGCAUUCUGCAAAUUUUUUGGCAGUUCAUUAUUGUCAUAGGGGAAGUUAGUCAAUGGAUGAAAGGUAAAUUACAAUAUAUGAUAUAGUUUGCAGGAUAUAAGGUUAUUUCUGUAACUUGAAUACUUCAUAUUUGGUAUUUGCAAAAACACAUUACAAG